GGGUUCACAACCACUUCAUAAGAAGUUUAAAAUAAUAUGUGAAAUCAAUAAUAUGGAGGUAUUGAAACCAAUUCUUGAUGUUGCUACUAGGUGGAACUCAAGUUAUGAAAUGGUUGAAUGGGCUUUGAAACUACAAAAUAUGUUGGAUGCUAUUAUACAUGCUAAGGGUGAUUUAAAUGAUAAUGUUCUUACUAAAGUAGAAUAG